AUGUCGGUCUUGAAGCGUAAGCAGGAGGCCGGGAAGGGCGGUGUCGACCAGGCAAAGAAGCGACAGAAGACUACUUCGGAUGCAAAAGUCAAGAGCUCGAGUAGCGAUCACACCAAGAAAAGCACAGAUCAUCAAGCGACGAAAGACAUUACACAAAAGUCGUUGUUGUCGCGAGAACAACCUGCAUUUCCUCGAGGUGGUGCUGGACCUUUGACCCUCCUUGAACAGAAACAAAUCCGUGCAAAAGCGAAUCGAGAUGUCGAUCGUGAGAUAGAAAGGUCGGAAUUGUUUGCGAACAACGCGAAAGCACCAUCUGUGUCGGAGGAGAGUGAGCUUGAUCUGAGUGGAAUAGACGAGAAGCAGACUUUUGCUCAGAAAAAGCCUCGGAAGCGACAGGAAAAGAAGAGUACCAAAACAUCAAAGACGACAGAUUCCGUCGCCAUCGAUAGUGUUUCGCACAAGCGUCUUACUGAUGGCUCCCUGCUGUUAGGUCGUGUCAGUCACAUCGCUUCACGAGAAUUGACCAUCUCCUUGCCCAACAACCUGAUUGGCUACGUUCCUUUUACUGCAAUCUCGCAGCAAUUCAGCUCAAAGUUGGAGAAAGCAUUGAAACAGGAGCCAAACGAGGAAGAUGACACGAACGCCGAGGACGACGACCUCGAUAUCGACCUCCGCAACCACUUCAGCAUAAAUCAACUUCUGCGUGUCGCUGUCCAGGAUGUCGAAGAUGAAACUAGCUCCAAGAAAGAACAGAAAAAGCGUAUAAAUUUGUCCAUCAAUCCGUCCCACGUUAACAAAGGUCUUUCGAGAAAAACACUUGUGGUAGGGUCUACCGUACAAGCAGCUGUUGUCAGCGUUGAGGAUCACGGUAUCGUGGUCGACAUAGGUCUUGACCAAGCUCAUACUGGUUUUAUUGCAGACACCGCUCUGCCUACCGGAUUGCAGCUUUCGAGCGUAGAGGUUAGCACUGUGUAUCUAUGCAAUGUUUCGGCUACAAGCUCGAAAGGCAAAACAAUUCAGCUGUCAGCCGACUUGUCCUCAAAUGUGCUCGCGAAGACAGCUCCUUCAAUCGAGGCUUACUUGCCAGGAACUCUAGUAGAGGUCCUCUUAACACAUGUAACGCCAGAAGGAUUGGCUGGCAAAGUGUUGGGUCACCUUGAUGUUACUGCUGAUCGUCUUCACUCUGGCGCCUACCUGGAUCAAGACUCCUUCAACGAGAAGUAUCAAGUCGGUCAGAAAAUUAAUGGUCGUCUCAUAGCCACUUUCCCGCUAGCAGACAACAAAAGAUUGGCAUUUUCCGUGCUAGAUCAUCUUGUUAAUAUCGAACAGACUCUCGAAGAUCGACUGGAAAUAUCAUCUGUCGUUGAUAGAGCACAAGUCGUUAGCAUUGCUCAUGGUCUUGGUGUCUAUCUAUCUUUACCUUCUUCAGCAACUGGCUUUGCUCAUAUAUCCAGAUUGUCAGACAGCACCAUUGACACGUUAAGCCAAAUUUCUGGGCCUUUCAAGAUCGGCACAGAACACCAAGCUCGUAUCAUCGACUUCAACGCGAUUGAUGGUCUAUACGUUCUGUCGCUAGAAAGAAGUGUGAUUGAGCAACCAUUUCUGAGACUUGUUGAUGUGCAACCUGGUGUGAUCGUGAAAGGCACCAUCGAGAAGGUGCUUGUCGCUGCUGCUGGCGUUCAUGGUCUUUUGGUUAAGAUCUCACCAGGUAUUACAGGCUUUGUAUCGUCCUUGCAUUUCUCUGACGCGGCUUUGAAACAUCCCGAGAAGAAAUUUAGAGAAGGCAUGUCCGUCAAAGCAAGAGUCCUUUCGGUUGAUACCGACAGACGCAGGCUUGACUUGACAUUGAAAAAGUCCUUAGUAAACAGCGACCAGCCAGUAUGGUCUUCUUAUAACGGCAUUCAACCUGACCAGUCCACUGUCGGCACUCUGGUCAAGGUUGACUCGAAGGGAGCUAUUGUUCAGUUUUAUGGUCAGGUCAAAGGACGUCUACCUGUGUCUGAGAUGAGCGAAGCCUACAUCAAAGACGCACAAGAGCAUUUCAAAGUGGGACAGGUACUCACACUGCACGUUCUGAAGAUUGAUGCAGAGUCAAAGAGAUUGACCCUGUCGGCCAGAGAUACUACAACUGCUAUCAAAAAUGAGACAAAGUCACUCAAGCCAGGUACUUUAAUGUCCGGAACUGUCUUUGAGAAGAGCUCAGACGAUCUCACCCUGAGGCUUGAACCAGAUGGAGUAAUAGCACGACUUGUCCUCGAUCAUGUUGCUGAUGGGUCGGAGAAGAAACGUAAAUCCGCGCUGGAAAAGAUUCGUGUCGGCCAGAAGUUGGACGAAGUAUUAGUUCUCGAGCUCAAAGGUCGACAAGCCACACUCAGCAACAAAGCAACGCUCAGAAAGGCUGCUGAAGAUGGUACGUUGUUGACGAGCUACGAGCAGUUGACAGAAGGCAAAAUUGUCACAGGCUUCGUAUCGAAUAUUACAGAUAACAGAGUCUUUGUCAGAUUUGCACAGGGCAUUACUGGUGUGAUCAACAAGGACCAAAUACCAGAAGACCAGUCCGAGCUUGUGGACUUCGGCAUGAAGAUCUUGCAAGCUGUCUCCGGAAGAAUAUCUCAGAUCGAUUACAAAGGCGCAACACCAAGAUUUUGGCUUAGCAUGAAAACCUCAAACAACAAAUCCCAAUCGUCAACGGGUGCACAAAACCCCCCCAUCCCUGAGCGAGAGAUCGUCGAGCCUGUAGACGAGAAUCUGACGUCUUAUCACGAUUUGGUCUCGAAUGCUGUUGUGAAGGCUAGGAUCACAUCCGUCAAGGACACUCAGAUCAAUGUCGAGUUGGCUAAAGGAAUUCAAGGUCGUGUCGACGUUUCCGAGAUAUUCGAUCGAAUUGAGGAUAUCCAUGAUCGAAAACGACCUCUCAAACAAUUUUCUGUCAAACAGGUCCUUGACGUCAAGAUUCUCGGACAGCAUGAUAGUCGGACGUACAAGUUUCUACCUCUGUCACAUCGAUCGAGUAAAAACGUGGUGUUCGAGCUGUCUGCUCGUCCUUCAGUCAUAGCUGGACAGCAACCAGCAGUACUAAAGCUUGAAGAUCUCAAAGUGGGAGAGACUUACCCUGUCUUUGUGAAUAACGUGGCAGACCGUUCUCUUAUGGUUAACGUUUCGCCCGCUGUCAGGGGCAGGAUUCGAGCUUCCGAAGUCUCAAAUGACCUCAGCCUGGUAGCAAACCUAGCUGGUAAUUUUCCAGUUGGCUCGGCUUUGAAAGCGAAGGUCGUGUCUGUGGAUAUCGAGAAAAACAGGCUGGAUCUGAGCGCAAAGAAUAGCUCUUUUUCGAAGUCUCUCACUAUCGAAGAUAUCGCGGUUGGCGAGAUCGUUGGGGGUCGAAUCUCAAAAAUCACGGAUCAGUCGCUUGUGGUUCAACUUUCCGAUUCCCUGAUUGGCAACGUUGACAUGAUUGACAUGGCGGACAACUUUGAGCUUGCAGACUUGACACGUUUCCAGAAGAAUGAGAUUGUACGAGCAUAUGUCCUGCAAAUCGACCAACCAAACAAGCGGGUAUAUCUGUCGCUACGACCCUCCAAAAUUUUGAGUUCCGCAUUAACUGUCGCAGACCCCGAAGUGUCGUUGCAACAAUUGGAGGUUGGUAAUAUCCGCCGUGGCUUUGUGGCUAACGUCUCUGACAAGGGCUUGUUCGUAACCCUGGCGCAAGGGCUCAGGGCAUUUGUUAGGGUGACAAACUUAUCAGAUGAAUACCUCAAAGAGUGGAAAGAUCACUUUCAGAAGAAUCAGCUAGUACAGGGCAAGGUCAUCGCUCUGGACAAGGAUUCUGGUCAUAUUCAGAUGAGCUUGCGCAAGUCACACAUCGACGGUACAUAUCGCCCACCUGUUACAUUCAAUGACCUGCAAGUUGGCGAGAUCGUCGAAGCAAAGGUGGCAAAGAUCGAAACCUUUGGCAUAUUUGUGGUUGUAUCGAACUCGGCGAAUGUCAGAGGCUUGUGCCACAGGAGUGAAAUCGCCGAGAAGCGGAUAGAAGAUGCUACUAAGCUCGGCUUCAGCGAGGGCGACUUAGUCAAAGUAAAGGUUCUCAAGAUUGACCCUAACGAGCGACGUGUAAAUUUUGGCAUGAAAGCUUCCUAUUUUGGUGAAGCCAGUGAAGCAGAGGCAGAAGAUAGUGGUGAUGAUCCUGGCAUGGUGGUCCAGGACGACGAUGACGACGAUGAUUCUGCGCUGGAUACUGACCAAGGUGUUGCUAUAGAUAUGGAAGUUGACGAUAUCGACAACGAAGACUCGAUCGACGUGGAAUCAGAUGAUGCCUCGGGCGAGCUCGACAAUACAGACAAUACACAUGCAGCUGCCCCUGCAAAGGGUCUAUCCGUGACUGGCUUCGACUGGUAUGGAAUGCCUUCGACAGCAGCGGCGUCGUCAAAGCGACCUGCUGAUGUCUCGGACAACGAAGAGAAGAAUAUACAGUCUAGAAAGAAAAAGAGGAAGCCAGAGGUCAUGAUCGAUCGUACUGGUGAUCUCGACAAGGACGGCCCACAAUCCGUGGAUGAUUUUGAGAGACUGCUUCUUUCGGAGCCUGGCAAUGCUCAAUUGUGGGUUCAAUUCAUGGCUUUUCACAUGGAUUUGGGAGAUAUUGAUGCAGCACGCGAAGUGGGUGAGAAGGCUCUCAAGUCCAUCGAAAUCACUCAAGAGACGGAGAAGCAAGCAAUCUGGAUUGCACUGCUGAACCUGGAGACUGCCUUUGGAGACGAUGACACAGUGGAGGCCACAUUGCAACGAGCAUGCGAGACGAUGGAUGCUGAAGACAUGCAUACCAAGCUUGCAAGCAUAUAUAUUCAGUCUGGCAAGCACGACAAAGCCGACGAACUGUUUCAAACGAUGACCAAAAGGUUUACACAAGAUCCAAAGUUAUGGGAGAACUAUGCCAGCUUUCUGUUCGAUACGUUGAAAGAACCUGCCAGAGCACGUGCUCUCCUCUCUCGAGCUUUGCAAGCUCUUCCACCAUUCACGCAUUUCGACAUCACGAAGAAGUUUGCACAGCUGGAGUUCAAGACGAAGACGGGUGUUCCGGAAGAAGGUCGUACACGGUUUCAAGGACUGAUCAAUCUUUACCCCAAGCGUUUAGAUCUGUUCAACAUCAUGAUUGAUCUGGAGAUGAAGCUCGGUGAUGCGGAUCAGGUCCGGGGUGUUUUUGAGCAAGCGCUGUCCAAGAAGCUGAAGCCUGCCAAGGCCAAACCGUUCUUUCAGCGAUGGCUCGCAUUUGAGAAAAAGCAAGGUGAUACGAAGAAGAUUGAGGAGGUAGAAGCUCGAGCAGCAAGAUGGGUGCAAGAGUACCAGAAGUCAUCAGCAUAG